AUGUCAGUUCCUACCACUGAGCUUGAUUAUGAGCAUUCGAUUGCGAAAGAGACCAUGCCUGCGACGGCCCUGGGUGAAGUCACAGCAGAGACUUUGCGCGAAGAAUAUGCAGAACCUAAAUCAGAGAGUGUUGGCCUUGUUGCCAGCCAAGAACAGGUACAAAAUGCCGUGAGAAGGGUGGAUGUUUUGAUCAUCCCAAUAAUGAUGGUCCUGCUCUCAUUCUCCUAUAUUGACCGCUCCAACAUGGGUCUCGCGGCCGUGGUAGGCAUGUCCACCGAGCUAGAGUUCAAGGGGUAUGAUUAUUCUAUUAUGCUCUUGGCUUUCUUCCCUGGCUACGCUCUUUGCGUUCUGCCCAGCAAUUACAUCCUCAGCAAAACUUCUGUGCGGUACUGGCUUCCCUUCAUCUGUAUAAAUUUUGGCCUAUUCACUCUCGGCUCAGGCCUUAUUCGCAAUCAGGCCGGUCUAUUGGCCAUGCGCGUCUUUAUGGGCAUUUCUGAAGCAGGAUGUUUCGCUACCGUGAUAUCCGUUGUCUGCACCUGGUACCCACGCUAUUACGUUGGGAAGCGAUUAACUCUCAUCAACACCGGCGCUUCCCUCAUCGCUGCCUUCUCUGGCGUUCUCGCAUAUGCAUUUUCGCGCAUUAAUGUCCCAAAUUACGCGGGAUGGCGGUGGAUCUUCAUACUCGAGGGUACAAUCACGGUACUCGUGAGUAUCGUGGCCUUCUUCAUUCUUGACGAAUAUCCGGAAACGUCGAGAUUUCUAUCAAAGAGUCACCGCGAUAUAAUCGUGAAUUUGAUCGCGCAGGAUCGGGACGAGAAACUUGAGGAGAAGUUGACGGUUCGGUUGAUAAUUCGGACCCUCGGCGACUGGAAAAUCUGGAUAUUCGCUAUCAUGUACAUGCUCUGCGUUGUCACCUCGUACGGCAUGGCGUAUUUCAUACCUCUGAUCCUUGAAGAGAAGAUGGAAUUUUCUGGGGCGCUCAGCCAGCUUCUAACGACUCCGCCGUAUUUUUAUGCAGUCAUUCUCGCCGUCGCCCUUUCCUGGCUAUCCGACCGACAUCGUAUGAGAUCGCCAUUUAUAGCCUUUUUUGCUUUAAAUGUGAUCGUAGGAAUGAUCCUGACCCGAUGGGGUCCUAACACAGGCUCUCAAUAUUUUGGCCUGUUUCUCACUCUCGGGGGGUCGCUUGUCAACGGCCCCAUGAUCGUCGUCUUCGGUCAGAAUAAUAUGCAGACACGAACGACUCGCAGCGUUAGCUCAGGCUUGCAAUUGAGCUUUGGUGCCAUCGGAGGCAUCAUUGGCUCCACCGUCUUCCGUUCUCAGGACGCUCCAACUUAUACUCCUGGGUCAAUUGUGGUGAUUUGUUGCGCGAGUACUAUCAUUAUUCUCAGCGGCAUAAUGGCGUCGCAUCUCCACCAACAAAAUUUGCUUGAUGGCGGUGCUGACAAUGAAGACGGCGAACAAGCUUUUGUCUAUACCAUAUAA